ACUCCGGAGUGCAGCAGCGGUGGCGAUGGAGGCCUCGACGGCGGUGCAGAACUUAGUGGUCAUGCGCCAUGGCGAUCGGAUGGACGUCGCCGUGCCGAUGUGGCUCACCCAUGCCGAUCGUCCCUGGGAUCCCCCGCUCACCGACGAUGGCCUCAUCCGCGCUUGGACCACCGGUAAGCGUCUCCGCGCGAUCGGCUUCCCCAUCCACCGUGUUAUCGUCUCCCCCUUCCUCCGAUGCCUCCAGACAGCCCGUGAAGUGGUCUCCGCCCUCUGUGCCAUCGUCGAUGAUGAAACUCAACUCCUCGCCAUGGAGACCAGCGAGGGUGUCGUCAUUGACCCCUCUAAAGUCAAGGUCUCAAUAGAAUAUGGAUUAUGCGAGGCUUUGUGUGUUGAAGCAAUUAAACCUGAGUAUGCUCCUAAAGAUGGGAUUUGGUUUCCAGAUUUAUCAGACCUUGAAGCUAAACUACCCAUUGGAACAAUAGACCACUCCGUGGAUAUGGUUUAUAAAGAGUUGCCUCAAUGGAAGGAAACAUUGGCUGGUGCAAGGAGUAGAUAUUAUGCAAUUUUCAAGGAUCUAGCGAACAAGUUUCCGCAUGAAAACUUAUUACUUGUGACACAUGGUGAGGGAGUUGGGGUUUCAGUCUCUUCUUUUCUGAAAGAUGCACAGGUUUUCGAAGUGGAAUAUUGCGCGUACAGUCAUUUGCAGAGGCAGAUGUCUUUCGAUUCGUCUGAGGUCACAGAGACGGACUUUAAGGUUUUAACAGCCAGUGGCAAAACUGGUGUACAUUUUCUGGAGGCAAUAGAUUCCAAGCUCCUUGAAUAACAGAGUUGAUUUCUAGAUGUUGUCUUCUAUUUAUUUUGUUAACCUUGUAUCAUGAAAGUCUAAUUUCUGACUAUUCAUGAGCAAUCUCAUGUUUUUAUUGUUCGAAAAAACAAACAAACAAUUCUAAUUUUCAUGUGGCUUAAUUCCAUACGUUGGAUAACAUUUCAGUGUAAAAUAAAAGCCAGGG